AUGACUCAUCCAAUUCAAGGCACCGCCCCGACACUGUUAUUUUCGACGGAAAGGCGCCGGCUGGGGGCCGAUGUCGCGGAAUUGAGGCAUAUCGGCGAGAUGCUGGUCGCGCAAACGAAUGCCAAUCAUGUCGCGAGUCGAGAAGCCAGAAGUGCAGCCGUGGCCCUUGUACGGCAAAAAGUGGACGAGGUGGAAGACCGGAGGGCGCAACUGGAAACAUUAAUAGAGGGCCGAAAGGCGCCCAGCGAGGAGCCAAUUCUGAUCCGCGAGGGCGCCGCGCCGAGCGCUGGCAGCAUCCGCAUCGGCGAUAAUGAGAGCUACUUG